CUCACCAUCUACCAACCCAGCUGGAGUCUGCACUGGCCCCCCAGUAUUCAAUCUCGACAGAUCAGAUCAGACCAGACUCGCAAACCACACACAUAAGUAAUUUCCUGUACCGCGAAUAGGCAAGCCAGCCACGAUCCCUCCAGUCCACUCCUGCUCUCGCGUCGCCGGUCGCCGCCACGACCGAUCUCGUCAUGGAGAUGGCGCCGCCGCAGCUCCUCCUCCUGGCCCUGCUCUCCUGCCUCAGCCUCGUCUCUGCCACCGCGUCGCUCCGGCCGCUCCCACGCACCGACGACGACGGCCUCGGGCGGACCACCGGCAGCUCUUCGGAGCGAGGCGUGGGCGCGCGGACGUGCUGGUACACGGUGCAGAUCAAGACGAGCUGCUCGUCCCCGGCGCGCACGUCGGACGCCAUCAGCCUGGCGUUCGGGGACGUGUACCGCGACGAGGUGUACGCGGCGCGGCUGGGCGGCGCCGCCGGCGCAUUCGACCGGUGCGCCACCGACACGUUCAAGAUCGGCGGGCCCUGCGGGUACGGCGUCUGCUACCUCUACCUCCGCCGCGCCGGCCGCACCGGGUGGACGCCCGAGUGGGUCAGGGUGUACGAGCCGACCGCCCCCAGCGCGCCCUCCACCUUCCGCUACGGCGACCCGCUCCCCAACAACGUCUGGUACGGCUUCAACCGCUGCCCGCGCCUCGCCUCGUCGUCUCCUUCCUCUGCUGCUGCUACUGCACAGGCGAUGUAGCCAUGGUCGGGGCAGGUCGUGGCACUUGUGUAUGUAAUGAUGGUUUGUGGAUCGAGCACGGCGUUUUGCCAUAGUUGAUAAAUUUUUUUACUACGUGUGGAUUAAUUUCUACUGUGCGUGAGUGAUUGCGACGUGCGCCUGUAAUAAUCCCGAUCGAGAUGCUAUAUGGUACCACGAAUAAAACCCCUCUGUUUUUUGAAUCA